AUGGCGCAAGCAAACCUAUCUUAUGAUGCCGGAAAACAAACAGAAACGUAUGCACAAUUACGAUGCGUGGAAGGAAGGAUAGAUGAGAUACACACUCAAAUAAUAAUGAUCUCAUCGAUCAACAUUUUUCUGUCCAUUACUGCAUUUCUUGGCAACAACCUGAUCCUAGUUGCCCUUCAUAAGGACUCUUCCCUUCAUCCGCCAUCCAUACUUAUGUAUCGUUGUCUGGCAACAACUGAUCUCUGUGUUGGUUUGAUCUUAGAACCUGCCGCCGUUAUUUAUUGGUUGUCCUUGGUUCACGAAGAUUGGAAUCUUUGUUUGUAUGCGGCGACUACUUAUUUUAUAACAGGUUAUACUCUGUCAUCAGUCUCUCUCUUUACAAUUACCACAAUAAGUGUGGACAGACUUCUCGCCCUGCUGUUGGGGCUGAGAUACAGACAAGUUGUGACUUUGAAACGAAUAUAUUUGCUUCUUACCAUAUUUUGGACUUUUUCGAUCCUUGCUAGCACAUCGUACUUUAUACAUCCCCACAUAGCUGUCUUGUGUAGCUACAUUUGUAUUCCACUUUGUCUGGUAACAGCAACGUUCUCGUACACAAAGAUUUUCCACCGUCUCCAUAACAUCCCAAAGUGUGCUCCAUCACAACAAGGUAUCCAACGGCCAAGGCAACCAGCUCCUCUGAACCUGACUCGAUACAGAAAGGCAGUGUACAAUGCACUGUGGGUGCAGUUGGCAUUGGUCGUUUGUUAUUUACCAUAUAUCAUAGUCAUAGCAGCUGUGGAUAGAGGAAGGCCUCCAUCUAACUCUACAUUUGUUGUCUUUCAAUGUGUUGAGACCUUAGUUUUCUUAAACUCCUCGUUGAACCCGUUUCUAUACUCUUGGAGGAUUGCUAAAGUGAGAAAAGCAGUAAAGGAGACAAUCAGACAAGCACUUUGCUGUCCAUGGAAUUGAAUGUUGUCUUUGAACAAGUCCUGAAACUGGUACCGUUAAAAAGGCAAGCUUUAAAGA